CUGCUUGUCGAAGAAAGCACAGCUAGUUGACGACCUCGUGAAAUCAUGUUUAAAGAAAUAAGCUUGAUCUUACUGAUAAUCAAAAUUUCACGUAUCUCUUCACAGAAAUGUUCUUCCGAGAUUUUUAUUACUAUUAGAAACGGAGGUCCGUCUUUACGUCCAGAAGAAAUCAUAUCAAAUCAUACCGUCAACUACGGAAUUCUCCCGAUAGAAUGUUACGAACUCUGCCAAAAGGAACCGAAAUGUGUUGGAUUCAACUACAGAGACAAGAUGAAUGUUGUGAACUGCCAACUGACUAACAUCACUGGAAAGGGAAAUCACUUUGAAACAACGGAAGAAGGGGAAUGGAUACUAAUGAACGAUAAUAAAGCGGAAAGAAACGAGGACGAAAAGAGCAAAAAUGACACUUCAGGAGUGAGAAAAGAUGGUGUUUAUACCAUCAAUCCUGACAACCAGGGAUCGUUCCAAGUCAGAUGUGAUAUGAGCACAGACGGUGGAGGCUGGACCGUGUUCCAAAGAAGACAAGAUGGAAGUCAAGAUUUCUACUUUGGAUGGUCAGACUAUAAAGCAGGCUUUGGUGAUCUUAACGGCGAGUUCUGGUUGGGUCUUGAUAAAAUACAUCGUUUGUGGAAAUCUGGCCAAAAUGAUCUAAGAGUUGAUUUGAUGGAUUUCUAUGGCAUUGAGGCUUACGCUAAAUAUUCAACGUUUAGUGUGGCUGAUGAAUCAGGCAAAUACAGAUUGAGAAUUGGCAGUUAUUCGGGUGACGCAGGUGAUUCUCUUGCUUAUCAAGAUCAAAGGCAGUUCUCAACCAAGGAUAGUGACAAUGAUAUUUCGGGUGGUAGUUGUGCUACGCUGAGGAAAGGAGCUUGGUGGUACAGCGCCUGUGCGUCUUCCAACCUCAAUGGCCUGUACCUGGGUGCAAGUCAGACCAGUGAAACCGGAAUAACGUGGUACUAUUGGAGGAGGACAUGGCGCUCUAUGAAAAAAACGGAGAUGAAAAUUCGUCCGAACCAGUUUUAA